GUUGAAGAGCACUUGAAGGUUGCUGCGGUGGACUAUGCCGACGCUCUGGUGGAUAUCAUCGUCUGGUGGGCCGGCAACGAGAUCAGCGGCCAAUGGGGCUGUAUCCCAACACGCAUAUGCCCUGGAGCAGCGUACAGGGAUGCCCCGGCAUCUACCGAAGAUGUGGCGAGAAAGAUUCGCCGUGCCGCCGACUCCUUAGCCGCCCGCAAGGGUGAGCCCGGUAACGAAAUCGGUUACAUCAAGAUCAUCGGCAAGGUGGACUCGGAACUCUUCCAGCUUCACAAUGCAUACGAUGAGUUCAAUGAGGCGAUGUUCACCGAAUUCGAAAACCGGGGCCUGCAGACUCAGUCGGCAACAACAUGUGUGGAAAAGCUUGAGUUGUACGACGCCUUCCACGCAUCGGAAGAUGAACACAACAGAGCUGUCUUUACAGCGUUUGUGCAUGCUACCGUCAGCGUCUCUCGAGCCGAGUGGUUGGCCGAGAAGAUGGCAAUCGCGAUUAAGCCGCUGCGCCGCAGAUUUAAACACAAGGAACCGGACAAUGCCGGAAACCCAACAGCCUCGAAAGUCCUCAGGGAGUGGUAUGCUCAGAAGGAGGCCAUCAUGAACCCCAAGACGGCCGUGAAGAUUAAGAAGGAGCACUCCGAAAUCACGGAGGAGGAUAAGGCCUGGGAGCUUCCCGACGUCGCAAAGGCGGAGGACAUCACGAAGCUCCCGGCCGAGCCUCCUGCUGAUAAAGCCAUCCGCGAGGAUGUGCCGGAUUUCGGGCCCGCAACAACGGUGGAAGGCCUGGCUGAAUGCAUCAACGAUGUGGUUGUGCAGGACGCAGAUGGCAAAGUGUCAUACCAACCACCGAGCGAUGUGGACUUGGUCGAUGCGGGUGACUAUGACGUCCCCAUUCAAUCGUCGAUGGACCGCGUGAUCGAAGAGGCAACCACGCCAAGGGCAAAGGUUGCACCAACUCGAAAAACCGAUCGCGAUGAGGACGACCUUCGGCGUGAGAUGUACAUCGACCAUAGCGCCCCGCAAGGGGUAGCCACAGCAAGUAGGUCUCCGGCACAGGAGUACUUCUACAACGGCACCAAGCACCGCAUGCUGCCGAUCAACCCACAGGACAUCAUCAAGGGAAAUCAGGAGGUCAAGUUUAAUCACGGUGACCUCAAAUUCCUCUCCUUGCUGUUGCGUGGACAUGAGCUCGAGCAGCAUGGCCUUGUCUUCGCCAAGGGCUGUUGGACCGAUGUCGACAAGCUGCUCGACCGGUUCAACCAUUGCCGUCAGAGGAGAUGGGGAGUGAGGCAGCUCCUGAGGGCAGCGAAGGCCGACAAGAAAGGCCGCAUUCGCUUGUUGGGUAUCGAUGUCCCUAUGAAAGAGACGAUCGGGCAGGAGCUCUUCCCGGUCAGGGGUCGCAUUGCACAGGGACACAAUGCCAAGCUGGUGAGCGAUGAAGACGCGGACUAUCUGCUGGCAACCGCGUGGUACAGCGAUUUGAGUGCUGAGGAGGCUGAGGUGAGGACCAAUGAGUUCGGGGUAACUGUGCUGUCUGCCGCAGACACGCCAAAGAAGAUUUACCAUCGCACCUCGACAAGUGGCCUUCAGUCGAUUUUGAAGGGAGGCAUCGUCCCUGGAGCAAAACGCUCGGGACGUUCCCACGGCUACUACUCCUCCUAUCGCCUCAACGACGCCAGAUGCCAAAGCGGGAUGCGCUCGAAGAUGCCAGUUGAGAUCGCCAUCGACACGAUGAAAGCAAUGCCUGCUGGAUGUGAGUUCUUUGUCACCAACUCCGAUGGCACCCUCACACGGAACACUGUUCCACCUGAGUGCAUUAUCUCGGCGGUUGACACCUCCAAAAAGGAUCAGCCCCUCUAUGUUGCCGAGAGCACUGAAGCCACCGUCGCCGGUGAGCCUGGAUUCAGAGCCAAGCGCGACUACGAGGAAGCGGCGAGCUCCUCCAGCAUGCUCCCGACGACAGCGAAGGCACCGGCUUUGAAGCCAACCUCGAAACGGAGGCCGUCGUCAGCACCAUCGGCCGAGGCGUUGGCAGAUGUCACCAUGGACGAUGAUAAAGCCACCCGCGAGGGUGAGCCUUCUGCUGUUGUCAAUGUCGAUAGCGAUACGACUGAUGCUGGUGAAGAUGAUCCAUUCCCACUUGGAUCCUUCCCAUGCGCUAACUGCCAGGCUUUGGUGGCAAAGGGCAUGCUGUUUUGCUUGAAGCGCAAGGCACCCCAGACCGAUGAGUCUUCGAAGAUCACCAAAAAGUUCUUCGAGAACAAGGGCCUUCGCAUCCGCCUCGUGGCAACGGCAGCAGCAGGAGCCCGCAAGCCGGUGGAGAAUCUCAUCAGUGCUGAUUUCAGGCAGUUGAAUGCCAGCUCAAAGAAGAGAGGCCAAAUGUCCGCCGAAGCCACGGUCGUGAGCGAUGCAAAAGAUCGCGUCGUCCGCUGCACCAAGCUUAACUUCUCAAGUGUCGCCAGCCGCUGGACCCUUGACGAGACAUUCCAGAAGCGCAUGAUGCAAGAGGGCCGGACCUUCGAGGACAUGCACCGCUUCGAUGACAUUGCGAAGGCAUGCCUCCCCGAUCCGGGGCGCAACGAGGAGCAACGAGCCGGAUCGCACUUUUCCUCGGCAUCCCAGACGAUUGCCCCAGGCAAGUUGGUCUAUUAUGCCCACUGCGAAGUGGACCAGAGCCCUUGCACCCUGCGUUUGACAGAUGAUGUGUGUGAUGUGCCCAUCGGUUUCACCUAUAUGGGUGCAUUCCUUCCUCCGCGCCUCUAUGCCGACAUCGCCAUGCACACACCUGAUGCACGCCGCAUCCUUACUUUCGACGGCGAGGUGAGAUUGGCUGGAAAUACGACUGUCGAGAUGCGCGAGGAGAUCAAACACAUCUUGGAUGACAGUCCGGUCUCGGCUGAGCUACAGGCGGCACACACCGAAAGAUUGGCUGAGCAGAAUCGUCAGGUGACUGCCCGCAACUGUGCCACGCCAAAGGCGUCCAUUCCAGCGGCAGCACCCACGUACCGCGGGUACACUCAGGAGCAAUGGGAUGAGUGGAAUCGCAAUCGCCGAUACACUCAGGCAGAGUGGGAUGCUUGGCACCGCUCCCGCCGCUACUAA